AGAGGAGCCUCCCCCUGCACCUGACUAUUUACCAGCAGUGUGUGCAGCGGGGCAGUGUCGCUCCAUCCAGCGCAGCCCGCACACCAUGCUGUAGGACCUGGCGGCCAGCACGGACCGUUACUUCUCCUCAGCACUGAAAAUGCCGCGCUCCUUCCUGGUGAAGAAACACUUCAACUCCUCCAAGAAGCCCAACUAUGGGGAACUGGACAGCCACGCAGCAGUUCUGAUCUCACCUUUCCUGUAUGAGAGGUACCCGGUGGCCGUCAUCCCACAAGCAGACCUCCUCAGCUCCGUCGCCUACAGCCCUAUCACAGUAUGGACAAGCCUGCUCCCCCCUCCCCUACCCAGUGACUUGUCGCCCCUCUCCGGUUACCCCUCGUCGCUGGGACGGAUCAGUCCUCCCCCUCAGUCCGACACAUCAUCCAAGGACCACAGCGGCUCUGAAAGUCCCGUCAGUGACGAGGAGGAGCGGCUCCAGGCUAAACUGUGCGACCCCCAUUCCAUAGAGGCUGAGAAGUUCCAGUGCAGCCUGUGCACUAAAAGCUACUCCACCUUCUCCGGACUGGCCAAGCACAAGCAACUGCACUGCGAUGCCCAGGCAAGGAAGUCCUUCUCAUGCAAGUACUGUGACAAGGAGUACGUCAGCCUGGGAGCCCUCAAGAUGCACAUCAGGACCCACACCUUACCAUGUGUGUGCAAGAUCUGUGGGAAGGCCUUCUCCAGGCCCUGGCUACUGCAGGGACAUAUCAGGACGCACACUGGAGAAAAACCUUUCUCAUGCCCUCAUUGCAACAGAGCAUUUGCGGACAGGUCGAACCUGAGAGCCCACUUGCAAACCCAUUCAGAUGUGAAGAAAUAUCAGUGCAAAAGUUGUUCCAAAACCUUCUCCAGAAUGUCCCUGCUCCACAAGCACGAGGAGUCAGGCUGCUGUAUAGCGCACUGAGCCUUUCCAGUCUACACAUGUUUACCAGGACUACCAAAAGCUCAUUCCAGGUUCUUGCCAAAGGUAUUUUACCUCUUCUGACCAAUGCAACCCAACCAAGUCUUCCAAGCGUCUUCAGCAGUCAGAGAUGAAAAGAUCCAGAUGGACCAUAGGCUUCAGUUAUCUCUAGACCUUUCUUGCCUUAAUCAUUUCAGCCGGAUAGUAUUGGUGACUUUCUUCCACAAUAUCUCAGGUGCCUUCUAGGCCGUACGUGUGUCUUUGCGUUGUACUGAUAGGACAAUGGACCUUCUCCUAAGACUUUACACCAUGCAAAUGUUCUUGCCAAUCUCAGCGGAAGCCAAACAGAAUCCAUGCCUUACGACUUGUGCGUUCAUUACGACUGGACUUUUCUGGACGGUUAAGAGUUUUAUUAUGGGA